AUGCUCGUAUUGGCCAUGGUUUUCACCGAAAGUGCUGUCUCAUCUAUCCGUGAACAAGCCACCUAUCUGCUGCAGACUCUGUACCACCUCUUCUUCCUUCAAGAUACUGUCACCAGCAACAAUCCUGCUGAGGCCUUCAAGCCCAGCGUCAGUGUGAACAACUGCUGCUUACCCUCACCCUCGGACUCCGAAUCGCAGAGUUGUCUGUUGGAGCCCUGCCUCUCUGCCCUCGCAGACGAACUGCUUUGGCGUGCCAUUGGACACUGGAAACCCUCAGACGUGAUU